CUUGAUAUAAAAUAACAUUUUGCAGAAUAGUUUUAACGAAUGUAUUAUAUUUUUUUUCAUUUCAUUCCUGAAACCUGCAAUCAUCUACCCACCCCGAAAAAAACGUUCAAAACGGUCACGUCAUACACAUCUCAUCACUACACCGAUACACACGAGUGUUGAUGACACGCUCUCAUGAAUCUGCAAAAAAAACUACAAAUCAUGGUUUUCGAUAGCAGCUGAAAAAUGAUGACAAAGUCGACGAAAGUCUGGUUGGAAACGAAUCUAAUGUUAAUGCUGUCGAAGUGAACAAACUCCAGGAAGGCGUGGAUACUGCACAGAUCGAAACAUCUUCCGACUUCGUGACUUCGGAGGAUAGAGGUGAAAAUGAAAACAACGACAAAGUAAAUACCGAGGAACGGCUCGACGAGCUCGAUUCGGAAGGGAACUUAUCCGUUUCAGAGGCUGAAAUUGCAACAGAUUCGAAGCCUGAUGAAAUGUCCAACGAUGAAGCUAAUGUUUCGGCAGACAAAUCUGAGAAGUCUGAGGCUAAAACAGUCGAGAAUGAAACAUCACCGUCAACUUUGGAGAAUACUGAGACUCAUAUGGAUACAGCUGAAACGAUGCCUUCCGCCGAAACUGACGCUCGCAUUUCAUCACAAGAUAGUAAUGAGAAUGAGGCUGAGUUACCAGCACAUGGAGUAUCUGUAGAUGAUACAAACAAACGCGCUAAUGAGGAACCUCUCGUUCAACUGAAUGUUCAAGUGAGUGAGGAUGAGCCAACCUUGAAGCCUGUUGCUCCCGAAGAUGUAAAUGCAGAAAAACCCAUCUUAACAGUCGAACCGGAGCGUUUGUCGAAAGAAGUUGAGGAAUCUUCGAAUGUGACUCAUUCUGAACAUCAUACUAUGGAAGACAAACAGGAAGUUGUAUGUGACACUGCUGAAAAUAUAUGGCCAGAGAAUAAUGAGAAUAUCGAACCGGAUUUUGUAAUAUGCGAAAUAUCCAGAGACGAUGCAGAUGAAAGCGCUAACGAGGAGAAAGCUGAGAAUGUAAUGACCUUGAAGUCCGUAGUUCCCGAAGGCGGAGAAGCAGAGAAGCAGAGAGAAGCUGAAGAUAAAAAAUCUCCAAACGUGGCUCAUUCUGAACAUUCUGAACGUGGAAUCGCAGACAAACAGGAAGAUGAAUCUAACUGUGUUGAAAGUCUCUUAGCAGAUAUAAAUGAGAAUAUUCAAGCAGAAUCUGUUAUUCAUGAAACACCCAGAGACGAUACAAAUGAAAACGCAAUCGGAGAAAAAACUGAUGAAUCUUUCGUCCCAAUAAAUGUUCAAAUGAGUGAGAAUAGCCCAACUUUGAAGCCUGCUUCUCCCGAAGAUGUACAAGAAGAAAAUCCCUUUUUAGCAGUCGAACCGAGACAUUUGCCGAAAGAAGUUGGGUAUGAAAAGAAUCCAAACUUGAUUCACUCUGAACUUCAUGGCAUCGAAGACAAACAGGAAGUCGAAUCUGACACUGCAGAAAAUCUAUUACCAGAUAAUAAAGCUAAUGUGGAAGUGGAUUCUGUAAUAUAUGCUGAUGCUAUCGAGGAUAAAGUUGAGGAACCUGUUGUUCAAAUGAAAAAUGUUCAAGUGAAUGAGAACAGUCCAGCUUUGAAGCAUGUUGCUUCCGAAUACGUAGAAGCAGGAAAAUCUAUUUCAGCAGUCGAACCGGAACUUGUAUCGAAAGAAGUUGAGGAUAGAAAAUAUCCGAGCUUGCAUCAUUCAGAACUUCAAGGUAUCCGAGACAAACAGAAAGUUGAAUCUCACACUGUUGAAAGUCCUGAAAAACCAAACAAUGAUGAGAAUAUUGAAACGGGAUCCAGAGACGACGAUGCAAAUGAAAACGCUAUCAGGGAGAAUGUUGAGGAAACUCUCAUCCAAAUGAUGAAUGUUCAAAUGAGUGAGAAUAGCGCAAUUUUGAAGGCUGUUGAUUCCGCAGACAUAGAGGUAGAAAAUCUCAUUUUAGAAGUCGAACCAGAGCAUGUAUCGAAGGAAGUAGAGGAUGAGGGUUCUCCAGCACUGGAGCAUUUCAAACUUCAUGGCAUUGUAGACAAAAAGGAAGUUGCAUCUGACACUGUCGGAAGUCUAUCACCGAAAAAUAACGAGCAUGUUGGAGCGGAAUCUGUAAUACAAGAAUUAUCCAAAGACGAUGCAAAUGAAAGCGCUAACGAGGAGAAAGUUGAGGAACCUCUCGUUCAAAUUAAUGUUCAAGUGAAUGAGAACGCGGCAACUUUGAAGCCCGCAACUCACGAUGACGGGAAGAUAUCUCCUGCACUGGAGCAUUAUGAAUCUCACGUUAUCGAUGAUGAUCAAAACAUGAUACAUGAACAGGAAGCGGAGCCUUCAGCCGAAUCUGUUACUGCUGCCAUUCUUUCACAAGUUGAUCAAGAGAAACCUCGUGAGGAAACGGCAAUUAAAAAUCCCGUAGCUCUCGUAAACGACGAGAAAAAAUAUCCUGUUUUAACAUCGGAUCAAGAACUUGUAACAAAAGUAGUUGAGAAUGAUGCUUCUCCAGCACUGGAGCAUUCUGAAAUUCCCGUUAUCGUUGACAAACAAUGCGAUGUACAUGAACAGGAAGUGAUACCAUCCGCCGAGUUUGUCACAGCUGAAAAUCUAUCGCAAGAUAAUGCAGAGAACCUUGAUGAAGAAUCAGUACAAGAAUCAUUCAUAGGAGAUGCGGACAAAAAGGCUAACGAGAGAAAUAUUGAGGAACCGCUAACCCUACCUAACAAUCAAGUGGGGGAGAAAACGGCCAUUGAAAAUCCUGUAGCUGCCAUUUCAACAUCGGUCAUGGAUGAAUCAUCUCCAACAGAGCAGGAAACUUUGUCAUCAAUUGGAUCUGGUACUGCUGAUAAGCUCUUACAAGAUAUGAAGGAGAAUACUGAAACAAAAUCAGUGGAGGAAGAGUCCGUAUAUGAUACAAAGAAAAGUGUAAUCCAGGAAAACAUCGGGGAAUCUCUCGUGAAAGCCAAUCCAGAAGCGAGUGAGAUUACGGGAACUCCAAAGCUUGAAUCCUCGGAAGAGAACAGUGACAACCUAACGGCUGAAGCGGAGCAGGUGUCCGAAAAAGUGGGGCACGAAAUUGAUAGUACUAUGGAUAAACAGAGCGAAGCCACUGAAGGAGUUCUAUCACAACAAAAUGUCGAGAAAACAUCUGAGCAAGGAAUUGUCAAAGAUGGUGAGAAUGAAAGUACUUUCGAACUAAAAAAACUCAUGGAUCCAUCUUCUGAAAUGAUGAAAAAUAUCGUUGCUUCCAUGUCUGAAGUUCUCGAAAAUGAUGGAGAGGAAAUUUUCUCUUCAAAAACAGAACCGAUUGAGGGAAUCAAAGAGACAGUCCCCAUACAGACACUGUUUGAAAACAAUACAACUCCCUAUGUGGAAACAAGCAUGCUGAAAGAAGAAAAAGUUCUACCUUUAAUCGAAUCUUCUUUUGAAAAUCUACAAAAUGAACAGCACAUUGGAACAGAUUCAUUGAAAUCUUUAGAAGAAUUGGUCGAAGUCGGAGAAAAGCUCGAAGAAUGCCCCCGGAACUUACAAUAUGAAUUGAAUGAAAAUACGAUAGUUUCUGAACCGGAAGAUUCGAAAGCUGACGAAGAAGAAGGGACUGUUUUGAGUGCCGAACCAUUGCAAGUGUCUCCUGCAACGGGACAGUCUGAAACCCGCAAUAUUUCGGAUGGGAGCCUAGCCUUGGAAAAAACAAGUGAAGCAGAAGUAGAAAAAUCGCUGCAAUCGGAAGUAAUUUUGUUCAAAGAACCUAUACUUAUCGUUGAGGAUGUCCCACAGCUGGGCACUGAGUUGAGCUCCGCAAAUCAACAGAAGGACGAUAAAACAGCAAUGGCUGUGCUUCAGGAAAGGAUGGAUGGCACCCAGACCGCAUCAUCUACAGAAUUCGCCGUCUUAGCAGAUGAUAUAAACAUAAUAGAGGGAAUACAUGAUGUAUUGUAUGAAGCUAUGUUAAAAGAUGAGAUGGAUCAAGAUAUUGGGGAGAAAAAAAGAUUCAGCGAUGUCGGAACGGAGCAAUGUGUCGCUGAACAAGUCUCUGAUAAAAACUUCGCUAUUCAAGAGGCUGAAAUGGUAACGAAUCUAAAAUCUGAUGGAAUGAUAAAUAACAAUAAUGACGACAAGGAAUAUGCUUUGAAAGACGAACCAGAGAAGGUGUCAAUAGAAGUCGAGAAAGAAAUAUCGCCCCCAGCUUUGGGAAGUGUUGAAUCGCUUACUUUUAUAGCUGAGGUAUUGAGCACAGAAAACGAAAUCGAAGUAAAUGACACGAAUGUAUCGAGGCAGGUGCCCAUGGAAGACGAAAGCAAUUCUCCCCUAGCUUUGGGACAGUCUGAAUCUUAUUCUGAACUUGUAUCGAACGAAAACAGUUCCAUAGCUAUGGAAUCCGAACAGAAUGCCUUUGAAACCAUACCUCCGAAUUCACAAGCAGAUAACAACGCAGUCUUCGAAACUGUUGGAGCACAGGAAGAACCUGAGGCUCCGCUCCAAGUUCGCGCGAAGGAAGAGCCUCUAGAUUCAAACUCGGAAUCAGUUCCAAUGACAGAAUCUGGCGAAUUACAAAGUGUUGCAGAUAAUCCUGAAAGCGAGCCACUAGAAGUUAAGCAUGAUAUUGCACAGGCUGACAUCGAAAAUAAAACAGAAGCUCUCCCAACGGACAACAUGGUUCGAACACAAGAAAAACUAGCUGAAAACAUAACUGCUUGUGAAGUCGUCGCUUCAAACACCGGAAAGCAGGAUGCAACUGCUUUGUCUCCUGUCACACCAGACGCAUUUGUUGAGAAAUGCGUCAAAGAAGAAGGGGCUGUUCCAAAAGGCGAUGUAUUGGUCGAGUUGCUAGAACCAAAGGUAACAUCUAGCGAGGAGCUUGCCGCCACGGCCAGUGCCGAGGCAGAUGAGGCCGAACAGAUGGAACUGCUAGCAGCAGCUGCUGAUUUGGCCAAACGAGAAGACAUCGAAGAUGAUGCCACGCAACCGGAAGCAGAGGAUGUGGAGAUUGCUGAAGAGGACGAGGUAUCCGGCAAACUGGUAGAUACCGACGAUCCCAUGUUGGCAACACAGGAGCAGGAAGAAUAAAUCCCGAACACUUUGCUUGGGAUAAUGCGACAACCCUUCAUGUCACAAUUUUUCACCAACUUUAACACCACAAGCAAUAACAACAACAUCGCGCUUCAAUCGACGUCACAAUCUCUAUAUCUUCCUCUGUUAGUUAGCAUAUAGUGAAAAUAUUGCACUAAUGCCGAAUAUUCUCCGUCUCCAUUCUCUAACUACUCUCGCUAUCUGUAUCUGAUAUAAUGAUAGGAUUUCUACUUAUAAGUGAAACAAGCAUUAUUAAGACCAGAUUUUAAGAAAAACCAAGAAUCAGAUAGAAUUUAGUAAUCGGUAUCGAACUCUCUGGCUAGCGAAGGCAUUAGAAAAGCUGACCUACGAAUCUUUUUUUUCGGAACGACACAGAUAGCUGGUUCUUAUUUAUCUCUUUUAAGGUAGCUCUGAAGAAACAAAUCAAUGUGUUGAAUUAGUUUUCCAUCAGCUCUAAUCGAUUAGUGGUAAUGAUUUUCGAUAUGUUACCAAUUAUCGCAUUGCAAAUUGUAAUACUUUGAAGGAGGGAUUAGAAGAAGUAACACACACAUUGAAUGAUUUAUUUGUUAGAGGACUUUGAAUUUGUAUGUUUAAGAAAAGCAACUGAAUAAACUAAAUCAAAUUUCGAACAGUU